UAACAACACAUAACUGACAGGACUUCCAAAUUGCUAUAUCUACACCAUAGCAGGGAGCUACAGAGAUUUUGUUAUGUGCUGGAGCAAGUGAUUAUAAAUCUUUGUUUUUCCCCCCCAGGUUGCGAAUCCAUCUCUUCAACUGUGCUCCACUGCAACCUUUCCACUCCAGUCAUGCUGUCUAAUUUACUUAGGGCCUUGACCAACUACUCUGCCUGGAACAUAAGCAUUGUGGAGAUGGACCAGAAGCGCAUGGGAGAAAGGUGGUGGUUCACUGAAAAUAACUAUGCACUGAAGACUGGCAUCAUCACUGCAUUGGGGUGUCUCAUUAUACUGGGGAACCUGUUUGUAAUGCUAGUCAUCGCCUCAUCAGUUUCUGGCUGGUCGUGCAACAGUCGCUACAUCCUGAUCUCCUUGACUGGCACAGAUGUCACAUUGGCCUUGGUUGUGGUACCGCUCAAUCUGUAUGGAAGCCUCGUUUUGGAGCCAGGUGAUGACAAUGAAGAUUCCGCUGUUGGAGCUUACUGUCAUAUAGUGGCUUACCUCAACUCCUCAGUAUUUGCCUCUUCCAUCUACUCUCUGGCCACCAUCAGUCUGGAGCGCUAUGUGGCUGUAUUCUUUCCCUUGCACUAUAACAGAGUGAUGAGCCGCCGCCGGGUCAAGUUAUUAAUAGCAGCAGCCUGGUUGUUGCCACCUAUCUUCUUACUUCCUAUUUCCAUUCCUGGUGGUAAAAUAAUCCAUGUCUAUUUUUCUCGGGCCUCUCUCAUCUGUAACCCAGACUAUGCCAGCAAUAUGGUUUACUCUCUCCUGCUCACUACCGUCAUCUUUUUCCCUUGCUCUGCUAUAGUCACAUUUGCCAACGUACGACUGUGGCUGGUUGCAAGGAAGCAGAGCAGGCGUAUGAGCGUGAGCCUCUCUGGCAGAAACCAGAAUUUGGGUGUCACCACAGUGUGUGAGAAUGUAACUGGGAGCAAGCUAGUUGGCAUAAGUAAGAACCUAUGUACCACCAAAGGACCGCGUAGGAGCGAUGCUGCUUCUAGGGUAUUGAUUCCUGUGGUCUGCGUCUUCUACACGUGUUGGGCACCGUGCAUGGUCACUAUUCUGUAUAACGCAAUUACUCAUGAACGGGUUCCGGAAUGGGUGGAGUUUGCGGCCUUGUGGCUUCCAAGUGGAAAUGGCUUCCUUAACUGCUUUGUCUAUUUUUGGAUCAACAAGAGUUUCCGGCAGAAAUUCAGGCAAUUGGGUAGAAAACUGUGCCCACGGAAAUACUGCUACUGGAGCCAUCAGAAAAGGGGUAGAAGAAUGUCCAUGCUCCGUGUCUCAAACAGAAAUGCUAUGGUCACCUUGCAGGAAAGGUCAUGCAGCAUGUCAUCCACUUGCAUGCUCCUGCCCCAAGCCGUGGACUCUAUUUAGAAUAUUGAUUAGAGAAGGCACUUAAAUAAAAUGUAUUAUCAAUGGUUUCCUCUCGGGGACCUUUAACUGCACUUUUAAGCCUUAAAACUUUACCUUGAACAAUGUGUUCAGAUCCAUAUUAAAUGUACGUGCAAUAUGAAUAACUAACAUUUGACAUUAAAUGGCUGAUCACUAUAUCUUACAAAAAGUGUUACAACAAACCUACUAUAAUAUAAAAACAAAAAAUACUACAACUGAAGCGAGGUGAAUAGUCACAUUAUGUAUUUGUUUCUCAUAUUAUCAACAAGUGAAAAGGAUUGUACGCUUAUAUGCCAACAUUUUAAAUAUAAUUGGGGUUGUAUUACAAACUAAUAGCAGAUUCUGCUGUUAAAGGACCCCCCAAAAAUUCUGUUCCGGUAAGAAAAAAAAUAGCAAAAAUAAAUAAAAUAAAAAUGUAUGUAUUAAAAAAUAGAUAUAAAUGUCAAACGAUUGAGCAUAGUUCUAGCCUCUAGUCUGAAACAUUGUUAUGUCCAUAGUCUUGAAAACAUCCAUGCAAAUUUAUGCUUUUAUACAGUGUUUUUUAAAUAACUGCCCACUGCAAAAUGUGUACAGAUAGACAGGUUCUAUCUUGGUUAAAGAAAUACAAUGUUUUAAUGUUCUGAAGAUGGCAUUCGAAGUAACGGCAUACAGAAAAUUAAUGUUUAUAAUUAAAAACAAUAGAUAUGUUUUCGUCUCUGAAUUAACAUAAAUGUGUGCUGCAAUGAUGAAUAAGGAAAGUUGCCGUUUCACAUUCUAUGGUGUUGAUGGGUUUUGGAUUUGUUGAUCAGCCCCUGACUCUCCGUGGGGCUCAUACAUCUUUCUAGUUUUACCCAUGAUUCAGUAUAGAAUAUAUCAAUAUUUCUAAUUUAUGGCAAGUAUUCAGUCUGCAUGUGACACACAACUGCCAUCCGCAAUAAUUUAGCGAAUUUGUUGACAAAAAAUUAUCGCUUACAUGUGAACUAUGUAAUAUAUGUAUGUAGCAUGAGGUAUCCCAUGUAUAGAUGGAAGAAAAUGUUUGGGGAAAAGUCCUUUUGCACAGUUCCAACUUCCAAUGGGACUUAUAAUGGGAGUAGUUUAUCUGUAUUUGUAAAUAAAUAUAUAUUUUUUUGUAGUGUAUGCUGUAAACUGAUCUAUAUGGGAAGGCACAACGUCUUCAGGCAAUCUCUACUUGUUCAGAUAUAAUCUGUACUUUCUCUACCUCCAACAGGGACAAGGUGGGGUUCCUAAAAUACAUGUGCCUUUCAGUAUGAAUGCCUUUACAUUCUCUCUGUUCUGGUUGAAUUACCAAUGUCUUACUACUUUAACAUACUGUAAACUGGUUCUCUAUAGGAGAGCCCUCUGACAGUGACCUAGAGAACAUAAUUUACAUAGCUGUUUAAUAAAGGAACUCUUUAGCAUCAGCUCUGCCGACAUUCAUUUGUGUUCUAGUUAUGCCAAGUCCGACAGGUGAUAACCCUACUGCUGGUUGUACCCAGAAUUGUCUUCAAACUGUUUUUCCUGUUUUGCUUUGUUUUAUUUAUUCUGUUUAUCAUAGUUUUUAUUAUAUUUUCAGUGUUUGUAUAUAUUAUUGUUAAUAAGGCCAAAUUAUUAAUGAAAAUAAAGCCUCAGACAUUUGGGAAUAA